AAUUUCGCAAGUUUCUAUUCGUCGUUGAAACUCCAGUUCUGCCCAUUGCUUUUGGAACGCCCGAGAAACCGUUCCUCAAAUGGCCGACGGCAAGAACGAGGAUUUGGCAACUGCCAUUCUGAAGCGCAAGGAUCGCCCAAACCGUCUGAUCGUCGAUGAAGCCACCAACGAUGAUAACUCGGUCAUUUCGUUGUCGCAGGCAAAAAUGGAUGAACUCGAGCUAUUUCGUGGUGACACGGUGUUAUUGAAAGGUAAACGUCGAAAGGAAACCGUUUGCAUCGUCCUGUCGGAUGAGAACUGCCCGGACGAGAAGAUCCGCAUGAACAGAGUAGUGCGUAACAACCUGCGUGUGUGGUUAGGAGACGUGGUGAUGAUACAGUCAUGUCCGGAUGUAAAGUAUGGCAAGAAGGUAGAGAUCCUGCCCAUCGACGACACGGUCGAGGGAUUAACUGGCAACCUAUUCGACGUGUACCUCAAGCCGUACUUCCUCGAAGCGUACCGCCCGAUCCAUAGGGAUGACACGUUCAUCGUGCGAGGCGGUAUGCGAGCGGUGGAGUUCAAGGUGGUCGCUGUAGAACCCGAGAAUUAUUGCAUCGUUGCCCCGGAGACGGUGAUUUUCUGUGAAGGAAACCCGAUCAAGCGUGAAGAAGAGGAAGAGACACUUAACGCGGUCGGUUACGAUGAUAUCGGUGGCUGCCGCAAACAGCUAGCACAGAUCAAGGAGAUGGUGGAGCUACCACUACGCCACCCGUCGUUGUUUAAGGCGAUUGGUGUAAAACCACCCCGGGGAAUUCUCAUGUACGGUCCACCCGGUACGGGCAAGACGCUGAUUGCUCGUGCUGUCGCAAACGAGACGGGUGCAUUCUUCUUCCUUAUUAACGGUCCGGAGAUCAUGUCCAAAUUGGCGGGCGAAUCGGAAUCGAAUCUGCGCAAGGCGUUCGAAGAAGCCGAAAAGAAAUCACCCGCUAUCAUUUUCAUCGACGAGAUUGAUGCCAUCGCACCCAAGCGAGAGAAAACGCACGGUGAAGUCGAGCGUCGUAUCGUCUCGCAGCUGCUCACGCUGAUGGACGGUAUGAAGAAAAGCUCGCACGUGAUCGUUAUGGCUGCGACAAAUCGCCCGAACUCCAUCGAUCCUGCCCUGCGUCGUUUUGGUCGUUUCGACCGUGAGAUCGACAUUGGCAUCCCGGAUGCGACGGGUCGUCUUGAGGUGCUGCGCAUCCACACGAAAAACAUGAAAAUGGCGGACGAUGUUGAUCUGGAGCAAAUUGCGGCGGAAUCGCAUGGACAUGUAGGUGCCGAUCUGGCAUCGCUGUGUUCCGAGGCCGCCCUGCAACAGAUCCGUGAGAAGAUGGAUCUGAUCGACCUUGAGGAUGAUCAGAUCGACGCGGAGGUGCUCAACUCGUUGGCCGUCUCGAUGGAGAACUUCCGGUAUGCGAUGACCAAGUCCAGCCCGUCGGCGCUGCGCGAAACCGUGGUCGAAGUGCCCAACACGACUUGGACCGACAUAGGCGGUCUGGAAAAUGUGAAGCGCGAACUGCAGGAACUAGUACAGUAUCCGGUGGAGCAUCCGGAUAAAUUCCUCAAGUUCGGUAUGCAACCGUCCCGUGGUGUCCUGUUUUAUGGCCCGCCUGGGUGCGGUAAAACGCUGCUCGCCAAAGCUAUCGCCAACGAGUGCCAGGCGAAUUUCAUUUCGGUUAAGGGUCCGGAACUGCUGACAAUGUGGUUCGGUGAAUCUGAAGCGAACGUCCGUGACAUCUUCGACAAGGCACGUUCCGCCUCACCCUGUGUGCUAUUCUUCGAUGAGCUGGACAGUAUCGCUAAGUCGCGCGGUGGCAACGUUGGUGAUGCCGGCGGUGCAGCCGAUCGUGUCAUUAACCAGAUCCUCACUGAGAUGGAUGGCAUGGGGGCGAAGAAGAACGUGUUCAUCAUCGGAGCCACCAAUCGACCAGACAUCAUCGAUCCGGCUAUUCUGCGUCCGGGCCGUCUUGAUCAGCUGAUCUACAUUCCGUUACCGGAUGAGAAAUCGCGUGAGGCGAUUCUGCGCGCGAACCUCCGCAAGAGUCCGGUGUCCGACGAUGUUGAUCUGAACUACGUGGCCAAGGUGACGCAGGGGUUUUCGGGUGCUGAUCUGACUGAGAUAUGCCAGCGUGCCUGUAAGCUAGCCAUUCGCCAGGCCAUCGAAGCGGAAAUUCGUCGCGAACGAGAUCGUGCGGCCAAUCAGAACUCGGCAAUGGACAUGGACGAAGAAGACCCGGUGCCGGAGAUUACUCGUGAUCAUUUCGAAGAAGCGAUGAAGUUCGCUCGCCGCUCCGUGUCCGACAAUGACAUUCGCAAGUACGAAAUGUUUGCCCAAACGCUGCAGCAAUCUCGUGGCUUCGGAACCAAUUUCCGGUUCCCUUCGGGACAGGGCAGCUCAAGCACGCAGGGUCAGAGUUCGUCGCAACCGACGAGCAAUAACCCGGGCGACAACGGUGAUGACGAUCUCUACAGUUAGAUUGCUGAUUCGCGCGUCUCUAGCCACCCUACUAGCCUAAACCAGACGGCUGUCAUUUCUGCUGCUGUUGCUGCGGUCUUUCCGUACCAAAUCAUCGACGCCUGCAUACCACCUUCUUCGUCUUAUGUCCCUCAACCUGCCUACACACCCCAUCCGCUCACUCUUACAAAUUACACUCCUCUUACAAUAAAUCAGAUUUAUCAAAUUUUCAAGGACACAAAGUGAGGUAUGCUAGCAGGAGGCACAUAUACACGUAUGCAGGAUUCAACAUGUAGUAUCAUAAAAGUCAAGAGUUUCUUAGUGGUAUACCGUCGGCACAAGCCGAAAUAGCUAACUGAGUAAAAAUGAAAGCACGCAUCGGUUAUAAUUCACAGUCGGCGGGAUCGUUCCUGUCGAUGCGAUCCAUUCGAGGCAUAAGGAUAACUUAGGGUCGAUAGAGAUCGUUCUCUGAUAACAAAAGGAGUGAAUGAAGGGACAGACAGAGAGUGCAUAUUGUCGGUGAAUUUGCUGCAGUGAAAACGGCGGUGCAACAGUGGUACGAAGCCUCUUAUUCUUAAAGAAGAGUGUUUUGGAGGAAAUAGGAAUGCAGAAAUAUUAUUUCUAAGACUAGCACUCCCUAUUUUUCUAUAUAACUCUGUCUUCUUGUUUUUGAUUCAGAACAUCCAACACCGGCCCGCAACAUUCGAUUAGCACUCGAUGCCCUUGUGGUUUCGGUAUACAUCGCUAGCUCUAUUCCAAUCCCUCAUUUUUCACAAAAUUCAAUAUGUUCGCGCUACAUUUUCACAUUCUUAUUGUACUCUUAACGUAGAAAUAAUUCUCCAAUUUAUAAACACCGUCGCUACUUCAGUAGAUUUGUCUUGGAAACAUAUAAAAGAAAAAAACAAGAGUUGCACGCCAGAUAAUUAAAUCACAUGUAAUUGGACCGCCAUCAUCUUCGGUUGCAAGAGUGAUUUCUCGUCUGUUCGUUCGCGUGUCAGCCAGUCUGCAACCAUCUACAUUUGUAUUUUUACUGAAGCGAGAGAACUUGAGAAGAGAUGGGUGAAAAAUAAAAAAAACUUAA